ACUACUUCGCAUCACAAUAUAAGGGACACAGCGUGCCAGAAGACUCCUGCCUCUUUGACCCUGGCCCGACUGCACCGCCGCUUUGGGCUCCACCGCUUGUCAUUGCUGUAACGAGCUUAUGAUAAAGCUGCUGACUUCGUCUAGACAUUAGCGCACCCGGGGAAGCAGACUCUAUUGGAGGAUAACGAAUUUGCGACUGCCGAAUUGGCUACACGCUUCCUGGCGUUCGCCGUAGGCUGGGUUAGAAUUUCGGACUUGCAACCGAUGCAAGGUUGUCAUUGAGCAGCCUCCAGUAGCCUCCGCUUGCGACCAUGCCAGGGACGGCUUCUACUUCCCCAAGGUGUCAGGCCAGCUCUGUGGCGCCGCGGCUUAGUCGGAGGGAGCGCUGCUUUGUUCGAUGCCUCGCUGGCGCUAACUCUCAGGCUCCAAGGGCCAGGUCCCAGCGCAGCAUAUCGCGGCGGAGCCCACAGCCUCGCGCGUCCGGCUUUCAACCCGAUAAGGUGCCCUUCCCCGGCGCCGUGACCUCGGCGUCGCCGCUGCCCGCCGCGCCGCAGCCAACCCCCCUGGACGUGGAGCUGCAGGGCCUCUCUCCCCUCGAGGCCCAGAAGCGCCUGACCGGCCGCGUCAAGGCCGCCCGCAGCCUAGCCGACUUUGCAGCCGUCAUCCACGCCGGCGGCCGCCUGGUCGACGCCAUCUGCCUGGUCGCCAUCCUGUCCGGCCUGCCGCGGGCGGUGCAGCGCGCAGCCCUGCCCGUCCUCACCACCAGCGGCACAAGCAGCAGCGGCUCCUCGGCAUCGCGUGGCGGCAGUGGCGCCUCCGGCGCGGGUGCCAGCACGCAGCUGCAGCUGCCGGAGCAGGAGGCUCGCGAGCUGGCGGCGCUGGCGGGCGGGGUGGUGGCGCUGGUGCGGCUGCGGCUGCGCGAGUUCGAUCUCAACGGCCUGGUCACCGUCACCGUGGGCCUGGCCAAGCUGGGCGGCUACGUGGCCGUGGAGGCGGCCGUGUUCCGCACCAUCCUCACGCACCUGGAGCCGCGGCUGCCGGGGCUGGGCACCAAGGCGCUGGCCAACCUCAUGUGGGCGCUUGCCACCGCGGGCGUGCAGCCGUGCGGCUCCUGGCUGUCGCGCUACUACGCGGCCGUGGAGCGGCAGCUGGAGGAGGGCGCCUGGGGCGGCGGCGACCUGGCCAACCUGCUGUGGGGGCUGGCCAAGUUCGACCUCAUGCCGGAGGUGUGGCUGAUGGACCAGCUGGCCGCCGCCUGCCUGGCGCAGCUGCAGCGCAGCCACUGCGCCGCGGACGGCGCCACCGCACUGACCUGCCUGGCGAGGUACAGCUGCACCUACAACUACCGGCUGCCUGACGAGGUGCUGGGCGCCUAUCUGGCGGCGCUGCAGCCCGGGCUGAGGGCGGCGGCGCCCGGGGACCUGGUGGCCAUUGUGCACUCGGCUGUGUGCAUGAGCCACAUGCCCUCGCGCCCCUUCAUGCUGGAGUUCUACGGCGCGGUGCUGGAGCGCCUGGCGCCCACGGGUACAGCCGCCGCCGCCGCCACCGCCCCAGCAGCCGCCUCUGCGGCCGCCGCCUCCGGCGCCACCACUGGCGGCGCCGCGGCUGCGGGCGGUGUGGGCGCGGGCGCGCGGGCCGGCCACGGCCACGCCCACGCGCACCACCCCCAGGGCGAGCUGAGCGGUGCCGACUUCUCCAGGCUGCUGUGGAGCCUGUCGCGUGUGGACUGCACGCCGCCGCGCAGCUGGCUGCGCGAGUUCGUGGAGGUGGCCACGCCCAAGCUGGGCUCGCUACGGCACCGCGCCCUCAGCGAGCUGGUGUGGGCGCUGGCGGUGUGGGACGCCAAGCCCAGCGGCCGCUUCCUGGACGAGUUCUACCGCGUCAGCGCCCGCAGGCUGCACGAGUACCCGCCCGCGCAGAUUGCGGACACGCUGUCGGCGCUGUCCAAGCUGGGCUGCCGCGCCCCCGCCCCCUGGCUGGGCGGCAUGCUGGCGGCCUUCUGCGCCUCGCUGCUCGUGGCGCAGCAGCAGCAGCAGGGUAGUGCGGCGGCGGCGGCGGCUGUGGGGCCGGAGGUGCGCUCGCACGAGCUGGUGGCGGUGCUGGAGGCGGCGGUGGACAUUGCGGACGACCGCGUGUGGCUGGGCCAGCCCCAGCAGCGGCGGCUGCUGCAGCUUCUGGCCGACACCGCCGCCUCCAAGUUCGCGGUAUUUGACGCCGUCAGCCACAGCCGCCUGGUGCUGGCGCUGGCCCGAGCCAACCUGUGCCCGGGCGCCGCAUGGCUGGCGCAGCAGCAGGCCAGCCUGGCCAGCGCCUGGCGCUCGGACGGCGGCGCCGACAUCGACACCGCCACCGCCGCCGGGCUGCGCCAGGCCUACCGUGCCUGGGACGUGGAGCUGGACAGCGGGCUGGCGGCGGAGCUGGAGGGGCUGGGGCUGCAGCAGCAGUGAGGGGGGAAAGGAGGGGGAGGGAGGGGGGUUCGGGAGGGGUAAAACACACAGGCACGCACACGGACCCCGGGCGCUGCACCCUGGGAAGGGGAGGGGGUGGCGAGGUGUGGGCAUCGCGCGACACGGGAGCGGUGGGAUGGCGCCAGUCUUGCUGGCCACGUCGUCAGCGGAAGUGGAUGGCUAGUUGGAGAUGGCAUGACUGACAAAGCCGGGUGGAGGUGUUUGCUGGUUGGGAACAGGAAGGAAAGGUUGGAGACACGACUGAAAAGCGCCCCCGCGGCGUGGGGCAGAUAGCGGGCCAAGUAGACAUGAUGGUGCGGCUUUUCCGGGUAUGUUUCACCGCACAUCAGGCCGUAUGCGGGGGUGAGAGCUCGGGACUCAUGCACGCCAUGCGCACACGUGAUGCAUGCAUGCACGGCGUUGCGACUUGUAGUCGCAAAGCGCCUGGGUAAAAGGGGCUUUUUAUGAAGAUGGCGCCAGGAUGUGGCGCGUGCGUGCGCAGCGCAGGGGCCGGCUGUUGUGUCUGCGCGCAAAGUUUCCGCGCCGUUUAGGCCCCGUGAAAUUGCUCAGGAGGAUGUCCCCUCCAGGAGUUGGCUCCUGGGCACAUGCACAACACAGAGUGCGCCUGUGGCAGGGCUACUGCUGCUCUGGCCCGAUUGGGUGCAUCAUGCACUUCGUUGCUUUGCAUGCGCCAACACAUUUUGAGAUAAACAUGUGUGCGUGUUUGGUAGUGUUGGAGAAGAUUAAAAACAUACAGAGUCGGACGAUGUACUCAAAUAAGCGUUGCAUGUGUUGAAUUAUUGUGGAGCGGACGUGUGCGUGAGCGUGUUUCUGUUCCUUGUUGGCGCGAUCUGAGCUGAGCGAGUCUUUUUUGUGCGAGUGCAUUUGAAUUGAUGUGAUGUUUUGGCAACCACCAAGCGCUGGCGCGCGCGCACGCUCGACACGACGGGACACAGGUCUUGUUGCCCAGAGGAAGCCACCGCCAACCCCAAGGACGGUGUGAAUUGUGCACGACUGCACAUCGUCUUGCAUGGACGGCUGCCGCCUCCCUUUUUGCUUCCUAACAUGGAGGUUUGGCGCGUGGCUGGCCAGGCGUGUGGCGAGGCAUGGGCGGCAGACACUGGUGGCAUGGUGCAGCGCCAGUGACAACCCUCUCCCUGAGUGGCAGCAGUGGCGUGGCGUGGGCGUGUCGCACGGCGGCUUUCAGGUUGAGCGCAUAUUUGAUGUGCGGCACAGUCAAGGCUAAAAAGCAAUGGAAUUAACGUUUUGCUAGGCACUAGGCUCGGGCACUAGAAGGAAAUUACGUGAUGUAUUUGGCGGGAAGCCCCAGGGGCGAAGCAACCGUAGAUUGAAGGCGACCAUGUGAUGGCCAACUGGGUGAGGGCGUGCGGAGUCGGUGACAGGACAGGACACGGCGCGAGAAACUUCAGAGCGCAACCAAUUGUAACAACUACGUCAG